AUGAGUCUUUUUUCACCCAAUACAAGUACUACUACUACUGAUGAUGAUGGUAAUAUUGGUCAUCAGAAAAUAUCAUCCCCAUCAUCAUCAUCCUCACUGGUAAAGCUGUUUGGUUAUUCAUUGACUGGCUGUGUUCAUACUUGUACACCACGGCCACCACCUCCUCCUCCAGUACUACUUCAAGUUCCACUUAAUAACUAUUACAAUAAUAAAAAUAAUAAUGGUUAUAAUUAUUAUGGUAGUAGUCUUAGAAAAAUAUCAUCAUCAUCAUCAUCAUCAUCGUCGUCGACCUCUAACUCUAGAUUCAAGUGUUGUUAUUGUAGCCAGAAGUUUGAGAGUUCUCAAGCGUUGGGCGGUCACCAGAAUGCGCAUAAAACCGAAAGGAAGUUAGCAAAGCUCUGGGCUCAAUACGGUCAAACCAUGGCCAUGAUGAGGUCAUCAGCAGGGUCCUCCUCCUCCUCCUCCCAUUAUGAUAGUUCAGCUUCUUCUAACCAUCAGUACAACUCCAGCACUGGUAGUAGUACUCGUACCGCCAUAUUGUCCGCCGGCGCCACUACCCCGAUUGCUGGUCCAUGUCCAACGCAGGAAGAAGAAACUGCUAUAGAUCAUGAUCUUGAUCUUCAACUGAGGCUUGCACCGGUACCUCCUCCAUGUAGCUAG